AUGCUUUUACCAGAGAUAUUAUUCCUCCUGGGCCUGGCCCAGGCGAAUUUUCAAGGCGCAAAGAGAAUGGUUUAUUUCGACUGGCAAAAUGCCUUAUUUUCUAACAUCAAAAAGUCGCUGGUCUGUACCCGCCCAUACGAUGAGAUUAUCAAGCUCCGGGAAUUGAAAAGCUUUGAGCCUCAAGAAUGGAGCUGGCUCGUCAAAAUAGGCGAAUGUCAUGGCGCCCUUGUUUCCAAUCAAUUCGUUGUGACUGCUCCUGCGUGUUGCUCCGGUGCGUCUGGCAAAAGUGUUAUUCUUGCUGAUAGGAAUACAAACAAAGUCGACAAGGUUAUCAUCAACAUGGAAUCUGAUGAUAUUAGAGAUGAAAUCUGCUUGAUCAAAUUGAAGACACCAGUUGCUUAUUCUAACAGAGUCUAUCCUAUUUGCACGGAUGACACAAACGGAGAUGUCUCAAGAGCAAUGAGAGCGUUUUCCAAGAAUAAUCUGUUCGGCAAUACAGACAUGGCUGUAGAUUUACUCCCUCCAGUUAUGUGCCCACGACUUGAGGACAACAAAGGAUCCACAUGCGUUGUGGGAGCAGGAGAAAAUUCCUUCACCGAUGGUUUUUGCCCUAAAAAUCUUGGAGCUCCGAUCGUUUCAGUCCAGAAAAAAUCUGUAAUUCUCGUCGGAAUAAUCACACAUCCGUUUGGAGAUUGCAAGCAUAUUCAAGGAUUUGCGACGCAAAUUGCAAAGGUGGAAAAAUGGAUUAAACAGAACAUCAAGUUUCACGAAAACUUUUGGUCAUUUACCAGCGCAGAAAGAUUCCAAGAAGAAACGACUGGUUUUGAAUUGAGCGGCAAGUCGAUGCUCGCGGAAAUGGGACAAAAUCAAUGUAAAAGCGAAAUUGAUGGGUUCGGUCGCUCCGGCGCUAGUUUAGUCCGCUCUCUUCAGAACAAAAUCGUCCUUGACCAAAUAACAUCUGGAGAGAUCCUCGCUGAAGAGUCCGAAUUCGCUGGAAAAUUCCCACCUCGAGAUAUGCGAACAACCGAGUUUUGGGAAGACUUUGAGCAGCGAGUGGUUGGAUCGAAUAUUGAACCACAAGAGAACCCGUGGACUUGGAUGGUCGAUUUUGAUGGUACUUGUGCUGGUGCCCUUAUUUCUGCAGAAGUUGCUAUCACUUCUGCCAUGUGCUGUGGAUUUAUCGACCACGAUACAGCUUAUAUUGGUGGAUUUGCUGAACGAGAAUCAGGAGUGAAGCGAACUAUUCGUCAGAAGACCGUUUCACCUGACUUCAAUCAAGGAAAGCUUCGCAAUGACUUGUGUCUAGUGAGUUUUACUGAGCCACUAGAACUCGGUCCUAAUCUGAGACCGAUUUGUUUGCCUUCUGGUGGAUUUUCUCUUGAAGAUGGAGAACAUCUGUUCAUCGCUGGCUGGGGAUCAAGGACUGUUACGGGCGCUCUGUCCGAUAAUUUGAGCUCAGCAGCACUCCCUGUUGUUUCUUUCAAAACUUGCGAAAAAGAAUAUGGUGAUCUUGGCCUUGAGUUGGAUAAUAAAGCUCAUUUCUGCGCGAAUAGUCCAAACGGAGGAAUCGGCCCUUGUCGAGGAGAUUGGGGAGCACCGAGUGUCGUGAUGCGCGCUGGUCAGCCUGUUCUAGCUGGAGUUGUCAGCUUUGGCAGAGGAUGUGGACACGUCGCUUUCUCUUCUGUUUACACAAAUCUUGCUUCUUACCACGACUGGAUCGUUGCAACUGGAAAAGAUAUGUCCGUAGUACAGACAACAACGACCUCAACAACCAGUACAACCAUCACUACCACAACAACAGCGCCAGAAGCUGUUAGUCUUGAUGAAAACUUUACCGGAGUUACUGGAGGCUCUUGUGAGUCUGUUUUUGACACAAUGUUCUCAUCAACCGGACGAUCGUCUAUUGCAAGCGAUGUUCCUUUUGAAAUCGGUCAAAAAAUUUCCUACUCUGAUUAUUUCUUGAAUCAAGAAAGACGAAGCGCUGGCAUUUUCGGUGGCCGACUGGUUGGCGGAGAAAAGGUAGAGGAAAGCGGUGAGUGGCCGUUUGCUGUCAAUAUUGCUGGAAAAUGCGGUGGUUCACUGAUCGGAAGAAGAUGGGUAGUUACUGCAGCGCAUUGUUGUAUCGAUGAAAUUUUGACAAACACUUCUUCUAUAACGAUUGGAGCGAAUUUUUUGAGAGAUGCCACGGAAGAUCAACUCUUUGCCGCGGAAGAUUACGUUUCUCAUCCAAGUUUCAACGAGUACAACUACAACAAUGACAUUUGCGUCAUCAAACUCGACCGAGACGUUGAAUAUUCUGGCGCUGUUUCGCCUGUUUGUUUGAAUGAAAAUGUAGCGCACAACAGUGGCUUUCAGAAUUUUAUCGCUGGAUGGGGUCAAACAAAAGCAGGAGGCGUUAUGAAAAACUUUAUCUCAGAAGCGUCGGUUGAAUCGCUCAGACGAUCAGAAUGCAAAGAGCUUGUCCCCGAUGAGUUCUUGAAAAAGAAAAUGUUCUGUUCUCGCGGAAAAGGUGGCUCGCUCGUCAGAACUUGCGAUGGAGAUGCUGGCGGGCCUCAUGUUUCUUGGAGCAACGGGUCACCAGUGCUUACUGGUGUUCUCAGUUGGGCAUCUGACUGUGGCUCGGAUGAUGCUUUUUCGAUCGUUACCAAUGUUCAGGAUCAUCUUGACUUCAUUGCUCACGCUGUUGCUCAGCUUGAAAUUUUCGAGCUUGAACCCUUUGUCGACGAAGUCCUUGUUGACGAGUCAUCAUUGGUUAGCAAUGUUGAUGUUUACAAGUGUCCGAAUCCACUUGAUCUUUUCCAAACUAUUCGACCAGCAGAUACGCCCGCAUCCGCUACCUGGCCAUGGAAAGCAGUUGUGAAUGAUUACUGCGCCGGUGUCUUGAUUGGUGCUUCUCAGGUCUUGACUACAGCAGACUGCUGCGGAAACCAGAUGAAAGGAAAGCCAGUCAAAGUAAAUGGCCAAACCAGAGCUGCAUUUAUCGCAAACAAAAAGGACAAUCUGUGUUUGAUACAAACAAGCUCGCCAUUCGUAAUUAACACAGACGUAACUCCUAUCUGUAUUGAAAAUUCUAUCCAAAAAGAAGUUCAAUUAUCUUCGGAUCAAUACGUUAUUGUGGGUCAAUUUCACGAAGAAAAACUUUCUCUCGGAGAUAUAAGUGGAGGAGAAUUUACUUUGAGCUCGCCAGAAAAUGACACUGUCUGUGACCUGCAACCUGGAUCUGCCUCAGUUGCUAUCGGUGGUGAUGGGUAUCCGAUUCUUACUGGGAUUUAUCAAGGAAAAGCAGAAUGUUUCUCUUCUGCUACUUUUACGAAUAUCUUCGAGAUGAAAAGUUGGUUGAUUGACACUGCCAAGGAACUUGGAGCUUACAAAGAAAGCAAAUUCAUCGACACAAAUGAUAUUGAGCUCAUGAAUAACAUGGAAGCUUACAAAUCGGCCGGUGCUCACUGUGUCUCGCCAUUUGAUAAUUUGGGAAAUCAAGGUCAGCUCACCAGAUCCGCCAUUCGAAAGGACGUGAAAAAGCGAAAGAAAAACAAAAAAGAAGCUCGCCUUUCUGUUGGUUUUAACGUUCGUGACUUCGAAGAUUGGAGUUUUAUUGGAUCAAUCAAUGGAACUUGCGGAAUCACUUUGAUUGCAAAACGCUGGGCUCUCACUUCUGCAGAUUGUUGUCUGGACAUUGCCGGAAAAUGGAUUCAUUUUGGCUCUCUUGACAUUGGUAACUUCGAAACAGGCACUGUUGUUGAGCCGCAAAAUAUCUUUAUUCACCCUGACUUCAAUGAGCGACUCCUGCAAAAUAAUAUCUGCGUGGUUGAGCUCAACAAUGCCGUCGAGUAUUCAGCCACCCUCGGUCCAGCUUGUUUAGACACUUCUGCCAUCAAACAAAGCACUCCAUCAGAUCCCUCUAUCGGUUUUAUUGCCGGCUUUGGUGGCGAAAAACUCCCUCUUAAACAAGCCCCUGUCGCAGUCAUUCCAGAUAAUGACUGUAAAAUCAGCUACGGUGAAUCUUCUAUUACUAGGGAUCAGUUCUGCGCUGGUUAUUCUACUGGCGAAGUUGAUGCGUGCAAAUCUGAUGUUGGUGGACCAUUUAUGACGAUCAACGCAGAAGCCGGACAAAGAAAGCUUUCUGGAAUCAUUUCCUGGUCAAGAGGUUGUGGUAAAGAAGGUCGACCAGCUGUUUAUUCAAAAAUUUCGUCUUAUGCAAACUGGAUUUUUGAGACAAUUCGAGAUGUUGAUGCUCCAAUUAGUAUCGGAACCACGAAUGAGUUCGAAAUUGAGGUUGAAAAGGACGAUUCCAACCCUGAUUUCAACCUGGCAAGUGAAAGAGUUUUCUCGAAACUGAAUAUUCCCGCUCAAUGCGUUCCAAAUUUCAAAAAUCAAGGGGCAAAGACCUUCGUCAAGAGCGACACUAAAAAUUGGCCAUUUGCGGUCAAUAUCAAUCGCCAGUGCACUGGUACUCUUAUCGACACAAAUAUGGUUCUGACUUCUGCAUUCUGUUGCCAGUCUGUGUCUCCAAGCGAUAUUCAGAAUACUCGCGUUAAUAUGGGCAGCAAAAAGGCUAUUGGAAAGCAAUCCGUUAGAAUGCACAGUUUUGCCAUUCACCCUCGUUUUUCAAAUGUCAAUGGAAUCAGGAAAAAUGACAUUUGCCUCAUUCGCCUUAUCCGACAUGUGGAAAUCAGUGAAGAAAUAAGACCACUUUGUUUAGCGACAGAAUUGCCCAAAGCGAACACGCCUGUUUACACCGCAGGCUGGCCCGGUGCUCAUGGCGGGUUCAAAAAAGUUGCAAAGACAAUCGUUGAGCGUGUCAAUAAAAAACUCUCCGUUUCCGACUGCCGAAAAGUUUAUCAUGGAAAGAUUGAAGAUGACCAAAUUUGUGUUGAGCAGUUGCCUGAUAAUAAAAUGCUCAAGAAAACUCCCUGUGCGAAGGAUGUUGGCGCGCCGUUGAUCGUCAUCGAAAAUGGAGAACCAAAGCUUCUUGGUGUUAUGGGCAAGCAUCGUAAUUGUGUGACAGAGAGGAACUAUUUUACCAGCGUUCUCGACCAUAUAGAGUGGAUAAAUGCCAAAGUAACCAAUACGCACAUUUCUAUUCCACCCGUGAAGCACAACCGACUCGUUGACAAGGUCGAAGAUUACAGCUGUCCAAGUAUCACGGAUCACUUGAACCAGUUCGGCCACAUCUUUGGCUCGCGUAGCGUUCGGGAUACUUCUGAGGCAGCUGAAGAAGGAAGUGGAGAAGAUAGAACAGAUCAGUUUGAUAUGGAUGUUGCUUCAGACAGAAUUGACAACGGACACUCUGUGAAUAGAUCUAACUGGCCAUUCCUUGGAAAUCUCCACAAUUUCUGCUCUGUCGCUUUGAUCGGACGAGAGUAUGCCUUGACCACAGCGACAUGCUGUACUGCAGCGGUGAACAGAAACAUCUUCUUUGGCGGAAAUAGUCGACGAGACGAUUCGUCGAAUUUCCAAGCGUUUGUCGAAGAUGUGCGUCGCCAUCCAGAUUUUGAUCUAGACACACUUACCAAUGAUAUUUGUGUGAUCAAAAUGGACCGAUCAGUUGAGUACUCUGCCAAUAUCAAGCCAGUUUGCAUCAAUCCUACAGAUAUUGAAGAGCUUUCGACUGCUUUUAUCGCUGGUUGGGACUCUUCAAAAAUGCUAAGAGAAGGAGAUGUUAUCAUCACAGAAUUUUCUACUUGCAAUACGGCUUAUGCUUUGAGUCUCAAUAAAGAACUCAAUUUUUGCGCUCGAGGAAAAGAAGAAGAAAAUGCGAUUGACGAGUGCGCAACAGAUGUCGGUGCGCCACUUAUUCAUGUUGUCAAUGGCAGACCACUUCUUUCUGGAAUCAUGAGCUUUGGCGACAGCUGUGGAGACGAAUCUCUUCCUGGAAUAUACACGAAGGUUUCGUCUUUUGUCGACUGGAUCGUUGAAGCAGCUGAAGACAUGGCAGUCAAACCAACAACUACAACUACCACAACGACUACGCCCGAGCUCUCUCCCGCUCAACAAGCUGGCUACUCCUCAUCAUGGCCUGGAUUCUCUUUGGAAGACUUUUCUUUCAAUUGCCGUCCAAAUCUCGCUGAAAUGAACGACACACACGUUGACAAUAAUGAUGUCUCAGUCAAUGCUCACACUGCUACCAUAGAAAAUUCAUGCGCUGCUACUCUCGUCACAGAAACGCAUCUUUUGACUUCUUUGAUCUGUUGCUCUGAUAUCAUCGGAAAGUUCAUUCUCUUCCAAGAUGGCCAGCAAAAGCGCGUAAUUAACACUCGAGUUCAUGAAAACGGUCUGUGUAUGAUUGAACUUCCAGAGCCAGUUUCUCUUUCAACUCAAGUCUAUCCAAUAUGCAUCGACGAAGGAAAGAACCUUUUCGAAGGAAUCCCUGCAUUCAUUCACAAAGAGACAAUUUCCAGAUCUAUUUCUUCGGAAUUUAUUGCUAUGCCUGUUGGUCCAGGCUGUCACACGGCUGGUGGUUGCUUUGGUUUUAUUGAAAGCUUUGAUGCUUGCGAGAAUAAGGAUCCAAACAGACCGGGAAGCGCUAUUGUUGCACUCCAUAACAUCAAGACCCCAAAACUUCUCGGUGUUUACGAAGACGGCUGCCCGGAAAAUGGGGCGUUUACAUCUUUCAUUCAUACAGGCCCUCUGAUCGACUGGAUGAAGGAAGCAAUGAAGAGCAUGCGAGAUAGUACAACAACAACAUCAACCACUUCCACUACAACAACGACAACAACAACGACUACCGCUGCUAUUGCGCUCCUCGAAGAUGCAAACAUCUUAGGAUGCAGUCUACAAUCUCCCUUUGUUGUCGAGAGCGAUGAGUCAAGAUUUUCUUUAGAGAAUAUCUGGAAUGCGAACAAAAUUCUUGGCGGGCAGCAAGUUGAUGAGCGAGCUCACUGGCCCUGGUUAGCUCAUUUCAAGGGUGCAGCCGAGGAAUGCGCUGCAGUUAUUGUUGGAGACAAAUUUCUUGUUACAUCUGCGCAGUGCUGCGGUCUCAAUAUUCUGUCAAGAAACGUAAGAGUUGGUACUCUCUCCAAAUUUGGCGACGAUGAUGUUUCUGAUGAAGAGUCUCUGUUCAAAAUCAUGAAUUUCAAGAAACACGAUAGCUUCUCUGACAGGCUCUUCAACGAUCUGUGUGUUUUGGAAGUGGACAGAGAAUUUACUUUCUCUUCGCGUGUUCAUCCCAUUUGUCUCGCAGACAGUCCUCCUCUCGCAGCAGAAAAGGGCUUUGUUGCUGGUUGGGGAGUCGCUAAAGCCAAUAAUGACUCAUUCGUUGAGUACUUCCGUGAAGCUGAGCUUGAGAUCUCCGUCGGAAGUGAAUGUACAUCAACUUUCGAAAACAAUGUCGAUUUGAACAUUCAACUCUGCGUUGAAGAUCCUUCAGGACGAAAAGCUGCUUGCGGUGGCGAUUCAGGUGCACCGUUUGUUGUGCUCGACAAUGGCGUUCCUAAGCUUGCUGGCUUAAUGAGCUGGGGAUUAGGUUGCUUGCAAGCUGAUAAACCCUCGGUAUACACAAACAUUGCUGCUUAUCGCAGUUGGCUGGAAAACGCCAUUCAGCUAAUGCGACUUACUAUCUCUGAAUCCGCCCAAGAAGAAGUCCUUGAAGCCGAGCCCAUCGCCAUGUUUAACAUCUCAGACGCUGGAAAUUAUCUCGGAGGUGUUUCAAACACGUGCGAGUCGCCCUUUGAAAGCAACGCGGGAAAACAAUCUCGGCUCCUUGGUGAAGCCAAAAUCGUUGGUGGCGAAGAAGUCAUUAGCAAAUCUUCGUGGCCAUGGAUCGGGCUCAUCGGGCAAUCAUGUUCUGUCUCUCUCAUCGCAGCCGACAUUGGUAUCACGGCUGCUCAUUGCUGCUCGAAUCCAACACUUAUGAGCCAGUCAGUCACUUUUGGCGACUUGAGCCGAAAUGGAAUGACCCAGGCGAAAAUGAUCAAACGGCACGUUAUUCACCCGGAUUUUUUCGAAGCUGACUUUGAGUUUGAUGUUUGCAUCCUGUUCUUUCACGAGUCUGUUGAAUAUGAUGAAAAUACCAGCUCUGUUUGCUUGACCGACCAAGAUGAACCCCUGCCACCAGUGGGAGCGCCUGUUUUCAUCGCUGGUUGGGGUCUUGUAGAAGAUGGUGGUACUAUAUCUUUGAAUUUGCGUGAAGUCGCAGUGACAAUUGUAGAUUACGCAAUUUGUAAUGCAGAAGACGCUUACGAUGGAGUUUAUACAAAACUCGCCACGGUGCGAAACUGGAUUGACUCAACAAUCGCCGACUACCGAAUCGAAUUCGCACCUUCCACAACCUCAGCCCCAAUUGCUACCACCUCCACCACCACAGCUGCGCCUAUCUUCGACGGUGUCACAUUCCAAAAAUGUGCUAGCUUUUUAGACGUUAACGAGGAGGGAGCCGAUCGUUUUGAGAGCUUUGACCUUGCCGAUAAUGCGAAAAUUAUCGGCGGCAGUGAAGUUGUGGACAGAACGCAGUGGCCAUGGAUGGUUUCCAUCGGUGAUUUCUGUGGUGGAUCUAUCGUUGGCAAUAGAUGGGUCCUGACAGCUGCACAUUGCUGUUCUAAAGAUAAAUUCUCCAUCCAAAACGUCUACAUUGGACACGUCGAUCGGCUCAACUUGGACAGUAAAGAGGCGAUCCCCAUCUCAAGUUUCCGAGUACACCCAGAUUUUAACGAAGAAACACUAGAAAAUGAUCUGUGUCUUAUCAAACUCGCACGUGAGCUAGAAUAUUCAGAUACAGUACAGCCUCUCUGUAUAAAUGAUGAAGAAUUUGACCUCGAAAGUGGAAGUGAAGCUUUUAUCGCGGGCUGGGGCCUAGUCAAAGAAGAUGGAUCAGCUUCACAAUUUUUGAAGGAAGCAAGAAUUCCGAUUGUCUCUAACGAAGAGUGCUCAGUUCCCUACGGAGAUGACUUCAAAGCUGAAACAAUGUUCUGCGCUGGCUACGCCCAAGGAGGAAUUGACUCGUGUCAGGGAGAUUCCGGCGGUCCUUUAGUUCUUUUAGAAAAUGACGUUCCAACAGCACAUGGCGUCGUUAGCUGGGGAGUUGGCUGUGGAAGAGCAGGAAUGUACGGUGUUUAUGCUAAGCUUGUUGAUAGCAAGGUAUGGAUGCAGAAUGCGGCCGGGGAAAUGGGACAUGCGGUUUUUAGGCCAACAACGACUCCAGCUCAAGUUGCAACCACACCACAUCCUCUUCUGACGCUUCUCACGCCGUUCGAUUCUGGCUGCGGUGCUUUCGAUUUGCCACAAUUCGGUACUCACGACACAGGCGCAACCGAUGGGGGCAACGUGAAACCCUGGCCGUUUAUGGUUCGCUUCUCCGGCAAAUGCGCUGGAAGUUUAGUGUCGAACGCGCACGUUAUUACAUCCGCUCACUGUUGCAGAUUUGAAAGUGAAGGUUUCCAAUUCACCGAUUUCGAGGUGGAACUUGGUUUCAUUCCAAAACAAGGGCGAUUUUCUGAGUCACGAAGGAUCCAUAGCAUCUUAUUGCAUCCUGGAAAUGUGGAAGCAAAGCUUUCAGGUGAUCUCUGUCUGGUUCAACUUGAUGAGCCAGUUCAAUUCAACACCUUUAUCAAACCAAUUUGCCCAACUGACUCUCUCACUGCAUCGCCUAUCACUCACUUCUUCGCUGGGAAAUGGACGCCAAAUUCAAACACAAUCGAGGAAUUCGUAAUGAGCAGCAUGAACGAGACCUCUUGUGCCUCCGCCGUCUCGCGCUCCUUGUUUGCUGAUACUGUUUGUGUUGAGGGCGACGCUCAGGUUGACCCCUGCGAUACAAACUCAGGCGCACCGUUGGUCGGGGUUAUAAACAAUAGAUUACGACUUCUUGGCGUAGCGACGGCUAGCUAUGGAUGCAAUUCUGAGAAUUUGCCGAAUCUUUACUCAUCGAUCUCUUCCUACAGCCUUUUCUUCACAAACGGAUUCCAGCAACUUGCAGAUGCUACUUCAACAACAACUACCACAACAACAACCACGAGCACAACUACUACGACAACUACGACAACAACAACUAUCAUUCCUCAUCUCGCCGAUCUCCCACCAAGAUGUGACUCAAAAUAUGAUCUUCUCAACGCAAAUGUCUUGAGCGAUGAAGACGGCAAAAUCAUCAACGGACAAAAUGCAAACACUGAAGAAUGGCCCUGGUACGUCCAACUUCGCGGUUGCGGUGGAUCAAUUAUCGGUCGAAGAUUUGUCCUUACUGCAGCGCAUUGCUGCCAGGGCAAUCAACUGGGCUUUGAAGCGAACAUCCGCGGUCAGAAAGUUAAAAUGAUCAGAAAACGCAAUCAUGGCGGCUUUACCAUGCAGCUUGACUUCGACUUCUGUCUCUUAUUGACCAACAAGCCGAUUAUGUAUAAUGACAGAGUUCAGCCCAUCUGCAUGAUUGAGCAAGGAGGUGCACCUCCAGAACACGGCGAAGAUCUCUUUGUUGCCGGAACUGGAGUUGGAUCUGGUAAACGGCUCAAGGAAGUGCUUGUACCUUAUAUCAACUAUAGCACGUGUCGCCUUGGUUAUGGCGAUAGAAUCAGAUCUGCAUCAAUGUUUUGUGCUGGUUACAUGGAGGCAGGGUUCUAA